AUGGAACGAAGUGAUAUGUUCAACACUGCUGUAAAUCAAGAACGAGGGGAUUCUCCACGCGAGUGGCCUUUUCCCUUUCCUAAACCGAUUGCUAAGAACAGAAUUCCUUCAGGAUGGACUGAAUUGCCAUCUAGAGAAAAACAGUGGUCCAUCCAACGAAGCGCUUCAACGAAGACGGCUACUCCUCAAUCAUCCGAACCGCCUGAUGUUUUAGAAUAUAGCCAAAAUUCGCAACCCUUCACCCAAAGCAAUCGCUUAUCUCCUACAGCUGCUCAUUUCAUCAGCCAGCUUCAUGCAUUGAUACCGGGUCUGCGGGCAGCAGAAAUGGAUCUGCUACGUGUUGUCAACCUGGUGAAAGAUGGAACUAUCCCAGAGGAACUAAUUGCUCGCUGCAUGUCUCAAGAACAGAAGAUAGAAUUGGAUCGUCUUGAAAUUCGGGUUGCUGCAGUAAGGGUAGAGGUUGCAAAUCUUUCGAAGAGGAUACAAGCGAAUACGAGAAAUACUGAUAUUCCCAACGAACGGCUCACUCUCAAAGAACAACCUAUUUAUGACCUCUCUUUUCCGUUAUGA